UGUUUUUGAAUGAACGUGCAAAAUAGACGUAUUUUCACUUUUAAAACACAACGGGCGCGCUUUACGACCAAAAUCUAAAAAAACUCACUCGAACAAAAAACACGCCAUUUCAAAAUAAAACAUUAAAAGCGAAAAUAUAUUCUGCUUUUUGAAUACAAAACAAAAAAUAUGUGAAAUAAAUUUAUAUUAAUAUUUUGUAUAAGCAAAAUGAAAAGUCUAUUAUUUAUUAAAAUGUGUAUUUUUUAUAAUUUCUUUUAAAUGUCAUGGAAAAUAUGUGAAAAAUAUAUAUUUAUUUGCGUGACUGUUUAUCACAAAGUAAAAAUUCCAACAUAAAUUUAUAAAAAAUAAAAAAUUAAAAUGUGUGAUUUUUUAUAUAAAAAAUAUUGUUGUCAUCAAAAAAUACUUUAAAUACAAACAAAAAUCUAAACUUUAAUACAAAAAAAAUAAUAAAAUAAAAAAUAAACGCUAGAAAACAUAACAACAAAGCAUUAAAUUGAUUUCAAUUCUUAUCAUUUUUAACCUUGAACUUUUUAGCUUUUAAACCCACCAAAAAAUAAUUGUGCUUUUUAAUACAAAGAAAUUGAAAUCAAAAUAAACAAUUAUUUGCAGUCUGUAGCAGAUAAAUAGAACUGAAUAUUAUAGAUUUAAAAUUGUAUAAAAACAAUAAAAGUGUAUAAAAUGUCAUCAACACUUGAUGCUUGUUUAAGAAGGCCACAAUGUUGCCAAAAUCUGUGCGCAGCAGCACCUUUACCAGCUUCUCAUUAUUAUCAUCAUUAGUAGCAGCAGCUGCGGCCGAAAACAACUGAUAAACUUCUAUACUUUGUGUCAGUGUUUUCUUUAUUUUUUUCUUUAUUUCGGCACAUCUUAUUAAACUAAAUUUGUUUAACAAAAUUAAAUGUUGUGUUUGCUGUUUGAAAAAAUAAAUUUAUUUAUCACAUUUACAAAAUUCUCCAUGUUUAUGGGUAAAAAACGAAAAUCCUUAAGAUAUUGUCGAAAUUAUUUACGUUUGCAUUUUAUCAUUAUUAUCAAAACGCUUUAUUAUCAUCAUUAUUAUUACCGUUAUAACCCCAAAACAACUACAACCACAAAAAACAUCUCUGCAACAAAUUCAAACUCUUAUUUUAUUGCUACGAAUUCUUUACGUUUCCUUUGCUGUAAUACGUUCAACAAUUGCUAUUACUACGAUUACUACAACAAUUACAAUCUAUUAACAAUUUAUCGAAUUUUAUAUUUGUAUUGUUUUAAAAAUUAUAAAAAAAUUCUAAAACCAUCAACGUUUCGUUGGUCUAGAAUAAUUAAAGAAAUUUGAAAUAUUACUGAGUGUAGAAAUAAUUACGUAAAUUUCCACGUCCUUUAUAAUCGUUAAAAGCGAAAAGUGUAAAUAUUUAAUUUAAAAUAUUAAAAAAAAAAAUUACAUGUGUAUAAAGUAAAAUAUAUUGUGAUAUUAAUUUUAAAUAAAAUCUACGUUUAAGUAAAUUUUGUUGUAAAUAUUUAAAACAACCCAGCAACCCAACAACAACCCGUUUAAAGAAGUAACAAAAAUUAUAUCAAAUAUUAAGCCCUUUUGCUUUAUUUUUUCUACCAACCUUAAAGUCAACUUUAAAACAAGCACAAAGAAAAAAAUAAACAAAAUUUCUUCUACAAAUCUCAACUAAAGAGUUUCAAACACAAAUCAAAAUUUUUUGGAUAAAAUAUCACAUAAAAGCCUGAAAUACAAAAAUACCACAAGAAAUCAACUAAUUUUUGGAAAUAUAUUUUUGCUGCUAAAUUUCUUAUUUAUCCUUAUCUUAUACGCACCUUAUACACCAACCAAAAUUUUUUGGAUUUUUCUACAAUUUAAAAUUACAAAUACCUACGAAAUUUCACUCAAAAAUCAACAUCAAAUCUAAAGGAAACGUAAGAAGAAUAAGAAAUAUAAAAAAGGAACAUCAAAUAAACGUAAUAAUUUUAUACCUCAACUCUUAAACGCUAAGAUCACUAAAUUGUAAAUUUGUACUUAAGUGUUUAAAUUUUAAGGUUUACACUGAGAAACUAUAUAAAUAAGGAAUCUAGUAAUUUAUAUUUUAAAUAUAAGUUGUAUAGAAAAAAUUUAGCUUCAAGCAACUUUAAAAAAAAAUAAUAGAUUAAAUUCUAAAAACCAACCACCCGGAACAAUAAAAAAAUUAAAAAAAAAACUUAUUUAAUAUUUAAGUCAUUUGCUUUCUAGCAAAGAGUCACUAGAAUUUAAGUUCAGUAAAAACGCACUUCACAACAACCCACACCCUCAAACCACACACACAAACAACCUUCAAGAUGACUAUGAGUACAAAUAAUUGCGAAAGUAUGACUUCAUACUUUACCAACUCCUAUAUGGGUGCAGACAUGCACCAUGGUCACUAUCCGGGUAAUGGUGUUACCGAUCUCGAUGCCCAACAAAUGCAUCACUACAAUCAGACACCAAAUCAUCAAGGCAAUAUGCCUUAUCCACGUUUCCCGCCUUACGAUCGUAUGCCCUACUACAAUGGUCAGGGCAUGGACCAGCAUGGUGUCUACUCACGACCCGAUAGCCCUUCGAGUCAGGUGGGUGGUAUGCCUCCAUCGCAGGCGAAUGGUGGUCAAAUGGUCGGACAACAGCAACAACAAGCUCAACCUCAACAGCAACAACCAUUAAGUGAUGCCCAUCAGCAACAUCAUCCGCAAGUGACGCAACAGGUGACAACGCAUCAACAUCUGCAGCAACAACAGCAACCUGUCGUUUAUGCCAGCUGUAAACUGCAGGCAGCUGUCGGCGGUUUGGGUAUGGUGCCUGAGGGUGGUUCACCUCCACUGGUCGAUCAAAUGGUUGGAGCUCAUCAAAUGAACCCACAAAUGGCAAUGCCACAUCAUAUGCAACAUACACAAGCUCAGUUGGGUUACAAUGAUGUCGGAGUACCCGAUGUUACGGAGGUCCAUCAAAAUCAUCACAACAUGGGCAUGUAUGGCCAACAACAAACCGGUGUACCGCCUGUUGGUGGUGUACCACCACAAGGCAUGGGCAUGCAUCAAGGUCAGGGACCACCACAAAUGCAUCAAGGACAUCCAGGUCAACAUACACCACCAUCACAAAAUCCAAAUUCGCAACCAUCAGGGAUGCCUUCGCCUCUGUAUCCCUGGAUGCGAAGUCAAUUUGGUAAGUGUCAAGAACGCAAACGUGGCCGUCAAACUUAUACACGCUAUCAAACUUUGGAAUUGGAGAAGGAGUUUCAUUUCAAUCGCUAUUUAACCCGCAGAAGACGCAUAGAAAUUGCUCAUGCUCUGUGCUUGACAGAAAGACAAAUAAAGAUCUGGUUCCAGAAUAGACGCAUGAAAUGGAAAAAGGAAAACAAAACCAAGGGUGAACCCGGUUCAGGAGGCGAAGGUGAUGAAAUUACACCGCCAAAUAGUCCACAAUAAAAUUGCACACAACAACUACAGACAUUGUAAUAAAUUUAAAAAAUUAAAACUAAAAAAUAAUCUAAAAAUAAAACAAUAGUCUAAAUUUUUAUGUUUAUUUUUAAAGGGUUAUUAUAAAUAAAAAUUAUCUUAUCUUACAUAUUUAAUAGA